AAUCAAACAAAAUUUGUGUUGUGCGUUUGUGUAUUCUCAAUUAAUUUAUUCAAAGUAUAGUACUAUUUACACUUACGGUAUCAAACUUAUAUUAACAUGGCUAAUAACGUUAAAAUACUCCCUGGAGCCACGGUGUGCGAGGACUGCACACUGGAAGGUGACAUCACCAUCGGCGGAGGUACCGUCAUUCACCCAAGAGUCACCAUCAUUGCUGAAGGCGGUCCUAUUAUCAUAGCUGAAUACUGUAUCAUUGAAGAGUAUACUACCAUUAUACACAAAAAAAGUGACAACCAAGAGGAUCCACCGAAACCUCUAUUCAUCGGUGCCCACAACGCCUUUGAGGUUGGCUGCAAACUGGAGUCCUACUGCGGACAUGUAGGGGAGAGUAAUGUGUUUGAAUGCAAGUCCUUUGUGGGAGUGGACGUUAAAGUUGGCAGCGGUUGCGUUAUAGGAGCAUCAUGUCAACUAACUUCACCACAAACUUUAGCAGACAACACCGUGAUCUGGGGAUCAGAGCACCACAUCAGAGAAGCGCUAGAAAAGCAACCGUCUCAGCUCUUACAACUAGACUUCCUAGGCAAAGUGAUGCCUAACUACCACAGGCUUAGGAAACCUAACAUUCACAAGCGGGCGCCAUCUUCCAGGCAAUCGCAGGAGACUUCACCUAAACCAUAAUGUAUGGUUUAGUUACUACCUGUGACAACAACACUAGUAGUACAUAUAAGAAAGAAGUUAAAUUAAGUUUAACAAGAAUUUAUAAGUUAUAUUUUAUAGGUAUGUAACUCAUCAUAUUUAACUCUUAAAAGUAUUUAUAAAUUAUCACAAAUUUCA